AUUAACAUUUGAUGUAGAUGCCCGCUGUAGAAAUACAUUUUUAUUUGCCGCAUGAGAAUUUCUGUAUAUAUUCAUAGACUAUGCUAAAUCAAGCAGCGAAAUGUAUUAAUAAUAAAUAUAGCCGUCAAUGUGAAACAGUUCAAUAGAAAUUGAAAAUACAGCAUUUCGGGAGCCAAUCCGAGGUCUUCGUUUUGUUAUGCCUUCUGGGGGCUUGCCUUGCUAACCUGGUACUGGCCGCAGCUCUGUGGAAUAUUUAUAAAAGUAGGAGUAUUUCGUUGAAGAUGUGCCUCAGGAUUUGUCGUACCGAGUCAGACUCAGAUGCUGCUUUUUCCUUCAUCUAGCGGCAGGUACCAUUACCAAUUAUGGAGGCUUAAAAAGGUAAUGUGUUUUGGGGGGUCUUUCCCCUCAAACUUGAUGGACUGCUUAGAUGGACUUUUGGGGGGCUGCAGAAUUUGUUGCCUUUUGCACAAUAAGCUAAACUAGAUAACGUACAAGGAAAGUAUUUUUGGAUAAUUGAUUAAAUGUUUGUAAAUUUUUGUACAGAAGAGAAAUAGCCAAAUAUUUAUCAGUUUUGGUGUUAUUGAUGGUCCUUCCCGUGGUGGUUAGUGUGGAUCGCAUUGUUGAUAUGAUGGACUGAUGUAAGGGUGGCCUUUCACCCCGGGGUUGCUAGGGUGCAGUGGAAGCUGAACACAUGCACAAUUCUAGCACUCCAAGUUUUUUGAAGAGUACUUUUUUGCUUUUUAUUUAUCAUCAAAGCUUUUGACUGCAGGAAGUUUGAUUGUAAGCUGACAUUUGUUUGUCAGUAGGGUUUCAUCAAGGUGGCAUUAUUUAUCUUUUUUGGAGGUUAUUUAUUGGAAGCUAAGGCUACAGUGGGAAGGCUUUAUCUGCUGAUUGUGGGAGGAUUAGGGUUUUCUGGGAGUGUUUAAGAUGAGUGUAGUGACACAGGAAUGCACACCGAAAUGCCGUUCCCCUCGCCACGCGGAAGAGAUUGUGGCUGCUGUGACGGGUGGCGCGGAAGGUCGUCUGAAGGCCUUUCUGUCAGCCCACUGCCACAAUGCUGCCACUCUGCGAGAUGAGUUUGGGCGCACAGCGCUCCACCUCGCCGCCUCCCUUGGGAAACGGACCCUGCUGGAGUGGCUUCUGGACAGCAAGAGCGCUGACCUGCUGGUGAAGGACAAGGAGUCUGGUUGGACAGCUUUGCAUCGUAGUGCUUUCUAUGGACAAAUCCAUUGCCUCCUGGCCCUCAUUAAGCAUGGCGGUGCACUGUCUAUUCCGGAUAAGGAGGGACUGUCUGUUCUGGAUCUAACUAUGAAGGACCGCCCUGCUCAUGUUGUGUUCCAGAGCUCCGAUCCUACUGAAGUGUAUACCUGGGGGAACAACAGCAACUUUAGCCUUGGCCAUGGAAACCAGGAGAGUAGACACCAUCCUGAGAUUGUGGACCUGUUUGCCAGAACUGGAGUAUAUAUUAAGCAGGUGGUCUUGUGCAAGUUCCAUUCUGUCUUUCUGACUCAGAAAGGCCAGGUUUACACCUGUGGGCAUGGUCAGGGUGGACGUCUUGGACACGGGGAUGAACAAACAUACUUGGUUCCUCGAAUGGUAGAGGGGCUCCUCUCUCAUCACUGUUCACAAAUUGCAGCAGCCAGAGAUCACACAGUGGUUCUGACUGAGGAAGGUUAUGUCUACACUUUUGGCCUCAACACAUACCACCAGCUAGGCCUGGCACCUCCUCCAGCUGCCAGCCAGGUGCCCAAACAGGUGACCUCUAGGUCUCUCAAAGGCAGGAGUGUGAUUGGUGUUGCUGCUGGAAGGUUUCACACUGUUCUGUGGACAAGAGAUGCAGUCUACACUGUAGGGCUGAAUGGAGGGCAGCUGGGCUACCUGCUGGACCCAAAUGGAGAGAAGUGUGUAAUCGUGCCCCGGCUGGUGUCUGCUCUACAUUACAAGGACACAACCAUUGCCAUGGCUGCAGCCAGUAAUGGUGCCACUGUGUGUUUGACAGAAAAGGGGGACAUCUACCUGCUUGCUGACUAUCAGUGUAGGAAGCUGGCCUCCAAGCAACUCAAUAUCAAGAAAGUAGUGGUCAGCGGAGGAAGCCUGGACCAUCGGGUGGAUCCCCAGCUCCUUAAUGAGAGUGGGGGUGAGAAGAUCUCCAUCCUGGCCCUGGAUGAAGCUGGGAGGGUGUUCUGCUGGCGCUCCGUAGGCACCUUAGUUAGGCAGUGUAGGUGGGCCUAUGGUCGACAGGUCUUUAUGGCUGACAUUGCUCUUGGCAACAACAAAAUGAUGUUCGUCACGCAGGACGGUGAGGGCUUUAGUGGCCAGUGGCUUGGAGAAUAUAAGAAGAAUGUUGACAAGAAAGGUGUGGGUACAGAGGUGAGUGCUCACUGUGAAGGUGUAGGUGUCUAUGAGCGCAUUCGUCUGGAAAAGCUGCCCUACAUCCACCGAGCCGUUAGCAUCACCAUGGACUCCAAGGGACGGAAUUUUGGGGUACUGCAGUCGGAUCCCAAAACAAGCCUGUAUGAAGUGCCCACAGUUUCAACCUCCUUAUUCACCCAGCACUUCCAGCAGCUUUUGGCUGAAGCUGACGAAACGGACAGCAUCCAUGAUGUGACUCUUCAGGCCGCCGACCGCAUCUUUCCUGCCCACAAGUACGUCCUUUCCACACGCUCUGAAUUCUUCCGCAAGCUCUUACUCUCCGAGACUGGCCAGGCCGACGAAGGGGGCUGUGAAGUGAGGAGGAGCACAGACGCCUUGGGCUGUGACCUUCUGAUCCUGGAGAAGGUCUCUCCUGAGAUGCUGGAGCAGGCUCUGCGCUUUGUCUACACCGACUCCUGUGAGAUGUUGGUGCACGGUGCCAUGCUGGCCACCCCGCGCCUCAGCCCAGGCCCCCUACAGGAGCAGCAGCAGCUGAUCCACAGUCUGCAGGAGCUGGGCCUGGGCGGCCGCUCCGCACUGGAGGUCUACCGCUCCCUGCCUCCCUCGGCUCCCAGUGAGAUAGACAAGUCAAAGAACAAAAGUGCCAAGUCUGGAAAGAAGAAUAAGGGCGAACCUAGCUCCAAUCCAGUGAAGAUGCUGCAAGGAGUAGCCAAAAAACUAGGCUUGGGUAGUCUCUCUGCAAGGCUUGACGGAGUAAAAUAUGAAAAUGGGAAGAUCAAUGUUGUGCAGAAGAAGACUGGUAACAAACCAAGAUUCUACCAGAAGAAAUGUCCCUACCUCUGUGAUGUCACCCUGAGGUCUGAUGACGGGAAGGAGUUCCCUUGUCACAAGUGUGUUCUGUGUGCCCGACUUGAGUAUUUUAACAGUAUGUUGGGGAACACCUGGAUAGAGUCCACCAGCUGUAAUGCACUGAAGAUGCCCACUAGUGCCAAGGUCUUGCAGGUCAUACUGGAGUACAUCUACACAGAUGAGUCACCCACUGUUAGAGAGUCUCUGAGUGUGGAGUUUGUGUGUAAUGUGCUAGUGGUGGCCGAUCAACUGCUCAUCACUCGCUUGAAAGAGAUGUGCGAGGUGGCCCUGACGGAGAACCUGACUCUGAAGAACGCCGCCGAGCUACUGGAAUUUGCCGUGGUGUACAGUGCUGAGCAGCUCAAACUCUCCUGCCUACAGUUUAUCGGCCUCAACAUGGCCGCCAUGCUCGAGUCCAGAGCCCUAGAGAUUUUGAGUGAUGAUGUGUUAGUGGAGCUGUCGGAUGCUUAUAGAAAAAUGAUUCCAGCCAUGCAGAGACGACAUAUUACCCCUUAUCUCAAUGCCCCUGAUCUUAGUGCCUAUGAAGAUAUAAGCUGGGAUUCAGCCGCCACCUGUAAAACCAGCUCUGAACACGAGCAGUCCUGCAAUGAAAGUCUUUUGAAAAAAGCCAAGAUGAAAGCUAAGAGGAAACCUCGGCGACGCUCCAAUAGCUCAGGAGGCUACAAUCUGUCUGAUAUCAUCCAGAGCUCACCCACCAGUGUUAUUCCAACAACACCUCCUUCAGGAUUGGUAGACUCAGGGAAGGCUUGCUCAGUGGAAUCUCUUCAUGAGCUGAUUACAUCUGAUUCAGAGGGCAGUUACAUUGGGGUUGGCAGCCCUAGAGACCUUCAGUCACCAGUCUUUCAAGACAGAACUGAUGCACAGGAUGAAAAGUCAGGAUAUGGCUGGAAGACUCUGAACACCCCCACACUGAGACCUGGAUCUGCACCUAAGUGCUCCACCCCUGAACCAAUCCCAAGGGUUAAGGCAAAUUUCCCUCGCCCACCACCUGUCCUGGACCUAAGGGCCAUUAUGGAGAUGGAGGCCAAUUCUCUAAACUACAGAGCCGCUCCGAAAAGCCCUGGCUCAUCUGGAAGCAGCGGUAAGCCAUCAGCCAUCCCCAAUAAAUUGUCUCAGAAGCAGAGGAAGAUGAUGGCCAUGGCAUCCAGGGAGGGCAGCAUGGAGGGUGUGGCUGGCAAGUCACCCCCUGAUGCUGUUCCAGCGAAGCCUGCCACCAAGACCUGGGCGACGGCGGUGCUGUCCUCUCCUUCACUCUCCUUCCGGGAUGUGCUGGUGGAGGAGGAGCAGCGUGGUAAGCCGUCUACAGCUUCCCCCCCAGCUGCAGGAGGUCUGCCGGGCACCUUGGCCACAUGUGCCAAAAGAGUGACCUUUAAGUGUUCUGAGCCCAGCAACACUGACAGGCCUGCACGGCCAUGGGUGCUUGGGCAGGUGGGCAGCCCACCGACUGCUGUCACCACGGUGACCUUUGCAUCCAUUGUGGAGGAAGAAAAGCAGCAGGAAGCAGCCCUCAUACGGAGUCGAGAGAAGCCUCUGGCAUUGAUACAGGUGGAGGAGCGAGCAAUUCAGGACUUGCUAGUUCACUACAGGGCCUUUAACAAUCCUGACGAGCUCAUUGUGGUGGAGAGGUCCCCCCAAGGCCCUUUAGCCACUCCUACCUGGAACAAGUAUUCAUAUUAGCAGAACUGCAACGUAACCUUAACACAUCAGCUACAUAUCUCGUGUGCUCCAUUGUCAGUGUUCACAUGUAUCUGAAAUUGUCUUUUUGGCUGUGGAACUGGAUUAAUGAGGGUUGUUUUUGCUUUAGGCUCUUUUGUUGGGCAUUUGGAUGCUGUUUUUUAUGUCUGGUAUUAAGGAUUUAAUGUGUCCUUAAGAGGGCUAAGAGAGGUUUGCAUUGAAGGACUGAAAUGUAUAAUGUGUCACUUAGACAUGACUUGUAACUCUGCGUGCUACAAGUAACAAGGUCAUUACUGCAGACAGGCAGAAUGGUAACUGAAGCCUUCUUCACAUUUUCUGUUCAUUGCUCUUUUCCUUUAUUCCAUUGUUUGUUAAAGUAGGAUUUUGGCAGUAGCAUGCAAUAAAGAACAUAUGUGCAUCAGUGCUGAUUUUCCUUUGCAUAGUGACUUAAUUUGAAUAAAACUCAUGUUGCAAAUCACAUACUG